GUUUGCUUCAAGUUGUGUUGCGCGCGCCGGUAUUUGUAAUAUGGCGUAUUAUAAACGACAGAAAACAGUUUGAAAACUUUUUAUUCAAUUAUAUACAAGUGUUUAAUGUAUAGAAAAAUACAUACAUUGAAAUAAGUGAAAUAUCGUUUAAUUGUUAUCAGUUUGUGUAAGCGGAACUUAUGUGAUGGUGUGGUGAAAGUUUCUUGUGAGAAAUAAGAAAAUGUGUGACGUUUUUUGCUACAUUUAACAUACUUUUGAUUUGUUUUUUUUAAUCAUUUAUUUACCAUCGCUCAAGAAACCCACACAAAUGUAACAGCGGAUAGACGCGGAUGCACGUGACAGAUGUGUCAGACUUGCGUGUGACAGCUAAACAAGAUGGCCGCUGGGAAAUGGCGGGCGCGGGGCGGUAUCGGCGCGGUUCUGUUCGCCAUACUUAUACAGGUUAUUAAUGGUUACGAAGAAAUCUACACUAUAUCCCAAUUGUCACCGAAAUCAGCAUCAGACGAGAGAUCGCAUCAAGAUGUCGUCCGAACGCAAGUAGAGAAUAUUGCAUUUAGAAUAGAACCUAGCGCUAAGUACGACGACCAAUUGGACUUCACACCGGAAAACAUCAUCGACGAUGUAGAAAGUGAGAAUCAUAUCAUUCUAGAAAGAUCCAUAGAACCUAGUAGAGGAUCGAGAUCAAUUAAUGUUGAAGAGAUACCAUCGACGAACAACAACGAAAUCGACAAUGAAAUACAAUCGCACAACAAGCGGAAAUACUACGAGAUAUUACCAACGAAAACCAUUGAUUAUUACAAGGACGAUGGAGCCAUCCUUCUGUCGUCCGGCUUCGGCGAUAAGUUAGACUUCAAGUUUCCGGGGGAAGGGAAGCGGGCUCCGAAGGGGCGUGCACUAGCACCGUCGGAGCCCAAAAUACGGGCCAGUGCAGUGCAACCUAUAUUCGCGACAGCCACCCUUAAAGAGCAGGGCAGGCAGAAUACGGAAAUACAAAACAUAAUAACCGGUAUAGUCAAGCUUCUGAACGGUAACGUCAACGUUCAAGCGAACUCCCAGCUGUUGAAUGGAAGGCCUCGCCCGAUGGCGUCCAGGAUUAACAACCGUGGACCACCUCGCAUAUCUGAUGUGCCUCCCAUGCCAGAUUACGAUAAACCCAUCACGCCACCCACACAUUCGUUCCUUCCAACCAAAACACCACCUCCCUAUCCUUUCGAUCGACCUCAUGGUGUCAAUUUACCAGAUCAAAUUGGUCCACCCAUGAAUCGACCUUUCCACCGACCGAUACCACCUUGGCAGAGGCGACCACGGCCUCCGAAUAGACGUCCGAACCCUGCACUUCCAAUAUACAAGCCCACUCUCCCCCCACUCCCCGAUAUACCAGAUAUAGAAGAGGAAGAAGAAAUGGCAAGUGAGAAUGAGAGCCAUUCAGAGAACAAAAUACAUCACGACGAGUUUUUGCCGCACAUAACUGUAGAAACAACAACAGAACUCAAAAACGUAACAGAAGCAAGUGAUAGCGAGCUGACCACCGACACUGCUAGCACAUCGACAACAACAACCGAAUCAACAACAACAAGCACCGAGGCAACAACAAAAACAACAGAAAGAGUAACGGAGACAACACCGAAGGCGACAACGGAGAAACAAACGGAAUCAUCGACGAGAAAAACGGAAAAAACAACACAAACAACAACAGAGAGAACCGAGACAACUGUCAAAACAACGGAAAAGCCGAAAGAUAAGAAAAAAGACACGUUCGAUAAGGAAAAGAAAGAUAACUUCAAAUUGAACGAAGUCACGGAGAAACCGAUUAAAAAUGACACUAUAAUAGAUAUAAUACAACCAUCUAUGAGUGAGGUUACUCCAGGCUUCAUUAUCCCCACUCCAACUGAAACCUUGGGGGGUAGUACAGCAUCUGAGUCAUCUGUAUCUGUAGCUAUAGAGAAAACAUCGAUUAAUACUCAACCUAUACCAACGUCCCCAUCAAUACCCUACUCUCCGUACCGACCACGCCCCGGGAUAGUUCUAGACGACACGGAUUUCAAGCCCCACGGCACUAGAUUCAGACCCGAGGCGUCUGUGAUAACAGCCGACACACGCUUGCCCGGAUAUGGGGAGAUAUUUGACGUGACGGUUUCAGCUAUACAGGGACCCGGAGAGAAGGGGGGGGCAGUUCAUAUAGAAAACAUAAAUAUACACGAGAAUCACGACGACAUUAUCGUAUCGCCGUCCGGCGAGCAGGGCUUCGUCUCCAUCGACGGCAAGCGGACUUACCUCAACCUGUUCGACACCACCAGUAGCGUCAGCGCCACCAGAGUGCAGACACCGCAGCAUACCACGCCCCCCCAAUUACCCGCAAGCCCCGCUAUGGGUACAGGGGUAGCUAUACCCGCGGACGACGUCCCUCCGCCCCCCAGGAGGCCCCAACACCGGCCCCAGCAGGCGUACAGGCGCCCCCAACCCACCGUGCGUAUCGACACUUGCAUCGUGGGUGAUGAUUCUACGUGCGAUCAGGCGCAGAACGAAAAGUGCAGGACCGAGGCUGGCAUAUCGAGCUGUCAGUGCCGGCCGGGCUACGCGAGGCGAACCCACCGCGACCCGUGUCGGCGGGUCGUGUCUCUACUACUGAACCUGAGGGUGGACAGGCUGUAUGAUAGGAAGGUUGCGUGGGAUGACAAGUUAGCUGAUAAAGAUUCAGACCCGUACCAACAAUUGAGCUACGAAGCUGUUAGAGCUAUAGACUCGGCGUUCUCAAUGACGCCAUUUUCCGAUGACUUCGUUUCCGGCUCCGUGAAUUCGAUCCACCACGGCGAUGUGAAUAACAGGGGCGUGUUCGUCAACUAUACAGUGUUGAUGCAAGAGACGCCGGAGACCCAACGCGCCGCAGUCGCAACGGACAUACAGAAGCACCUGCUGGGCGUGAUCAGGCGGCGCUCCAACAACGUGGGCGCCUCCGCCCUCUGGGUGGACUCGCCCGCCGGCAGCGUGCUGCCUUUGCGAGACGUCGACGAGUGUACCUCCCCGGAUUUAAACGACUGCCACAAGCUAGCAACUUGCACCAACACUUGGGGGGCGUUCAAGUGCACGUGCCCCGACACGACCCUAGACCCGGCCGUGACGCUAACACGCGCCGGCCGAGAGUGCAAACAGUGCAGUGCGUCGCACUGCAACGAGCGAGGCGCCUGCAACUAUAGCAACGGCCAGCCGUACUGUAGCUGCUCGAGCGGCUACUACGGGUCGACUUUCAGUUGUAGAGGGGUGACCCUAGAAGAGAGAAUGCGCUGGGCGCAAAUAGCUGAGGCCAUGGCGCAGGCAAACCAUUAUCAACCUGAACCAGCUCAAAUGGCGACGAGACCGUCUUCGGCUAUGUUCGGAUACCCUACACUGCCACCCGUGCCGUUGCCUAGGAUGGGACUCCACGGCCCGCACAACGGGACACUCAACAUGGUCAAUUCGAGGGCAAAUUCUCAUCACAAUUUGUAUGGUUAUACAAGUCACCUGGCCGCGGAUUCGACCAGCUCGGAAGCGUCCAGCCAUGUCCAGGACAGGGCUGAUCUUUUGGUGCCUAGACCCAAAUCUAGGGCGCGCAGCAUGCAUAAUCAAACCGGUAUAUACUACGACGUUGACUACGAGAACGCCCCAGAGCCCAUCUAUGGGACGAAAGGCAUACCCCUGUCCACUUACACCGUGAGUCGAGGCCCGCCGUUCUAUAGAUAGUGAUUGAUCCGAAUGAUCUAUAGAUCGCCACUAUAUGGAUCACGAUGAUUUAUACGUCGAAAUUAUUGUUAUAACGCAAUGAUUUAAGUUUGCAUCAGAUGAUUUUAUGAAUCACGAUUCAUGCAUCGUGAUUGGUUGAAUCGAUUUAUAUAAAUACAUGAACACGAUUUAAAUGUUAAGAAAUAAUGUUAAUUGUUAUUCGAACAAUAAAAUGAAAUACAACAAAAAUGAAUGAAUAUAUAAAAGAAUGCCUGUACAUUAUAUAAUGGUUUUUCGGAUUCCAAGUUUACAUAAUCUUUUGUUUAUCGAUUAUUAUUCCCUUUAACGCAGGGUGGUUGUUGUGACGUUUUAAAGCAGUACCGAUUCCAGUGUGGGAGAAAGACAGAGCUAGUCACUUCCCCACACUGGAGUAAGUUCUUAAGACGUCACGGUAUCCCUUCCAGAAUAUUAUUUCUUCAUUACAAUUAAUAUUAUUUGUAACG